GAAGGUCCGUGAUCCCCGAGCCAGCUUUGAGCAGUCCCUGCGUGUGCUGAAGCACGCCAAGGAUGUCCAGCCCGGCGUCGUUUCUAAAACCUCCAUUAUGUUGGGGCUAGGCGAGACAGAUGAACAAGUAUAUUCCACAAUGAAAUUAUUGCGGGAAGCAGAUGUAGAUUGUUUGACCCUAGGACAGUACAUGCAACCAACAAAACGUCACCUAAAGGUUGAGGAGUACAUAACUCCUGAAAAAUUUAAGUACUGGGAAAAAGUAGGAAAUGAUCUUGGAUUCCAUUACACGGCGAGCGGGCCGUUAGUGCGCUCUUCCUACAAAGCAGGUGAAUACUUCUUGAAGAACUUGAUAGAAAAAAGAAAGACAAAAGCCAUCUGAAAAUGAGAGUGAACCUAUUUAAAGCAGCCAGUUUUAAGGAUCCUUUUUUUCAGCAUAUAAUUACACUCAGUUCCAGAAAUGCAGAAGACCAGAUGGUGAAUGUAUGAAUAAACUUACUAUCUGUCCAGAAC